CCUUCGUAAAUCUAUCUGAAUCGAAACUUCAUUAUCCUAUCCUUACGAACCCUUACCAAUUUGGACCCCUUUUUGAGAGAUUGCCACGACGGCUCCAGAAUUAAAUUCGCCUUGCGCACAAUCCCUGCCUCCCGUCUAAAUUUAACGACCGCUAAGGCUUUUGGAAGGGAGAGGCCAGGUACUUUGUUGAAUUCUCCUUGACAAUCUUCAACUCUUCAGCCAAGGACGUCGACCAGCUGUUCAGGCAUUCCCAUCAGUCGCAGAUAUCUCGUCGAUGCUGCGAUAACAACGAAUUGUACUAGAGCUAUUCCCUCAGUGUUCAACCGACAGGCCAGCUUCCCCCUUUCGUCAGCGCGAAGACGCCCCUUCAGCUUCUCUAUCCAACACCACCUGAAUUACCGCAGCCAUGGAUAACAAGAAGAACGAAGACUAUGCCAUCAACAUGCCCGACAACAACUUCAAUGGGCGGAAUUCUCCUUCUGCGAGGGAUCCCUUCAUCAUCCCGACCAGAUCCCCAAGGAACUCUCCUGCAGCUCCCCUUUCCAACAUCACGAACAGCCCGCCCCUCUCUAUUCUGGCAUACUGUCUAGCUUCGAUAUCGAUGACAGUGACAAAUAAGUACUGUGUGUCAGGAGCCAACUGGAAUUUGAACUUCUUCUACCUUGCGAUCCAGUCUCUGGUUUGCAUCACUGCUAUCAUACUCUGCAAGCAAGCCGGCUUGAUCACGACCCUUGCGCCUUUCGAUUCGAAGAAGGCGAAGACAUGGUUUCCCAUCUCCCUUCUCCUCGUCGGCAUGAUCUACACCAGUACCAAAGCACUCCAGUUCCUUUCAGUCCCCGUAUACACGAUUUUCAAGAACUUGGCCAUCAUUGUUACCGCAUAUGGAGAGGUUUUAUGGUUUGGAGGAAGCGUCACAGCCUCUGCCCUUUUCGCAUUCGGGCUUAUGGUACUCAGCUCCGUAGUUGCUGCUUGGGCUGAUAUCCAAAAUGCGCUCUAUGGUAGCGCCGAGAUCCAGAGUGCGGAAGCUGCAUUGGCUAUUUCGACCUUGAACGCCGGUUAUGCGUGGAUGGGAAUGAACGUUUUCUGCACUUCGGCUUACGUUCUGUCCAUGCGCAAGGUCAUCAAGAAGAUGAACUUCAAGGAUUGGGACACAAUGUUCUACAACAACCUCCUCACCAUCCCAGUCCUCUUCCUCUGCUCAUUUCUUUUCGAGAACUGGUCCAGCACGAACAUCGAGAAGAACUUCCCUAUCGAAUCCCGAAGGAGCCUUAUGGUCGGAAUGGUCUACUCCGGUCUUGCAACCAUCUUCAUCUCGUACUGCUCAGCCUGGUGCAUCCGUGUUACCUCCUCCACUACAUACUCUAUGGUUGGAGCUCUCAACAAGCUACCAAUCGCAGUCAGCGGUCUGAUCUUCUUCGCCGCACCAGUCACCUUCGGAAGUGUUUCAGCUAUCAUUAUUGGAUUCGUUAGCGGAAUAGUCUAUACCUGGGCCAAGGUCAGACAAACUCAGAUGAGCAAGAUGUCGCUCCCAUCCUCCAACCAGCAAGUCAUGAGUGCCAGCUCGCAAAGCGACCGAGACGCCUCGAAGUAGAUUAUCUUCGAAAAGCCUCUUGAAUCUUCUCAAUAUUCGUCUCCAGGUUAGUUUGAGGCUCCAGACCAAUCAUCACGUCAGGCCUUCAGUUCGUCGGCUGUUGAACGAAGUUUUUUAUUUUGUAUUAUAGCUCUCUUCAGCUUAUGUUGUUCUAGACUGGGUGGCAAUGGAUCAUACAGAUGGUUCGUGUAGGACGUGAGUUCGGUACUUGGGUGCAUUUCAUCCAAUGAGACGACGUCCAUGUUCUUCUUUGUCCUCUUUUGGGUUUCGUUGAAGUUUCGAAUGUGGCGUAAGAUAGUGUAGGGAUUACAGAAAAUAUACAAUACGAAUAAUGGAAUUUAGACACUACUUUCUCUUGUUUCCCUUGGUGUAGGCAUAGUAUUCAAUAUCUGGAAUGAGCUAAUCAUUGUCACUGGUAUUUGGAUGUAUGAAAUUGUCGGGAAUAUGUUUGAUACUUGGC